GAUCCGAGCGUCGACACGCGCUUCGUACCGAAGUCCGCACGAUCACGUACCGCGUGAAACACGAUCCAGCUGAUCUUCCGUUAAAACCGUGUAGUUGAAGUCAUUCUCUCUCUCUUUCCCCUACGAACGAUCGAGUGACGGCUCGCAAUUUGUGACAAACGUGCGGCGUGUGUCGGUUUCUAGUCCCCGGUUGGCUUUGUUUUUGUGUCAUCGUCGCCGUCGCGUCCCAAUUCUCCCCGUGGGUAACCUUUGCGGCACCGGAACACCUUGCGCGGAGUGCCAGUUUUCCUCGCUGUGGGCGAGUGUGGAAAAACCUACCCCAUAGGUCCGGCGGGGGACAAGGAAUAGUGGGGUUUUGACCAGCGAAAAACCGCAAGUGCGCACAAAACCGACCGAAGGUCGCAUCGUGUCCUCCACAAAACGUCUUAAAACAGCACUGCACAGUCUAGCUAGCGGGCUGCGAACCUCGCGGGUUUUGCUAGUCGUUGGUGAAUCGCUUUCCAUCGUGCAGUUUAGAGGGGGUGAAUUGUGGUGUGGCGGGGUUGCGUAAAUUCCAAAGUUGUUGCCGGUGGUAAAAACGAACGCAAAGCCUUCUUUUCGCGUAGCUACUCUUAUAGUAGGUGUCGUCUCUCAGCCACACGCAGCCAUGUAUAUGUACGAUCCGCCGAAGAAAAACAACUUCACCUCCGUGGAAGAAUUCCAGGAGGCGUUCAACCUGUUCGACAACCGCGGCGAUGGCAAGAUCCAGCAGCAGCAAAUUGGCGAGUGUCUCCGAGCCCUUGGCCAAAACCCAACCGAAUCGGACGUGAAGAAGUUCACGAUGCAGCUGAAACCGGACGAACGCGUCUCGUUUGAGGUGUUCCUACCCAUCUACCAGGCCAUCUCGAAGCAACGCACGGCCGAAACGGCGGACGACUUCAUCGAAGGACUGCGCCACUUCGACAAGGACGCCAGUGGCUUCAUUUCGUCCGCCGAGUUGCGCCAUCUGCUGACGACGCUCGGUGAAAAGCUGGGUGACGAUGAGGUCGAACAACUGCUCCAGAACCAGGAGGACUCGCAAGGAAACGUGAACUACGAAGAGUUCGUUCGGAUGGUUAUGAGCGGUUAGCAAACCGCGUGGGCAUGGCCUCUGUAUUUUCUAACGGCCAUAUGCGACCGUACGCGGACCGUUCUUAUAUGGACACGUACUUUCUCGCUACUGUUUCGAGAAAGGAAACGAAAUACAAACACAUCCACACACACGCACGCAGGCACACACACACACACAACACAAAUCUUACCCGACUAAUUAGCGAUAGACUUACGGUGAAGCAGAGCUAUCGUUUACUUAAGCCACUUAUGUUUCCAUUCCUACGCUCGUGCCAGACUGUGUGCAGUUUGCAUUUUCUUUCCUCUAUCUAGCGAUAUUACCUUUUGGAUUGGUAAAGUGGAAACGAGUACUAAUAAUCGAAGCUGCGCUAGUGAUUCCCAAGCCAUUAUGUGCAGUGGUUUCUGCCAAACGUAGGUUUUCUUUUUACCACACAUAGUGAGACACACGAAAAACGGAACCGGGAAAGGUUAUGUGAAGGUUAAUUUCCAUCUGCAAGUCUGCAGUAAAGUUAAAGUAUUAGGGGUUUUUUUCAGGUCGGCUGCGAGACAAAAUCCAGCUCACUUAUUUUGAAUUUAGAUGUGCGCGCGUGUGUGUGGGUGGGUGUUCUAGUGGUAGGCACUGCAAACUUUUCUUAAUACAAUAAACAUCUACUCCAUGUAGG